AUGCUCCCGGCAGCACCUGACGAUAUCAUCCGCCAGCAUAGCCGGUCUCUUGAAGACGACAGUUCCUUCACUCCGGAUACCAACCGAAUUUCAGAGCAUGAGCCAAGUGGAAAGAAAAAGAAGAAAGCAAAAAGGGCCAAGGCCAAGGCAGUGACAGAGUCACCACCGGAUGAGACGUACGUAACCGAUAAAUGUUGUGUUCCGGAGCAUGCGCCGUUAACACCAGAAACCAUGUGUAGCAUCCAACCAUCGGCUCCACCUGCGGAGCCUUCCUCCUGUCCAGACCCACCCCUGGAGCACCAUGUAAAACCAUCUGUGAUGUUGCCGGCUCUCGAUGCUUUCGAUUCGCUCGAUGAACCCGCAGAUAACGAUCUCACCUCGCGAACAGACACCUGGGCUCAAUCAGUACCAUAUGGAAAGAGUCCUCCCACUGAUCUGAUGGAUGGAGAUAUUCCCAAUGCAUCGCCCCUCAGCUUUCCCACUAUUCAGGAAAGGGGGGGGUUCAGUGAUCUCUCCUCGGCGUCUCCCCCACCUCGAACCCAACCAUCCAGCUAUGGCAACGGGUAUCGGAGCAAUUUGCAAUCGCGGCAGCAGUCUGCAGAUAGAAGGAAGAGCAAUUCUUAUGGCAGCCCAAUGAGCAAUCAUGCCCCUCUGCCUCACCUCCCUCAGCCACAUUUCUUCGGGGCCCCGGAGAUCGAUAUCCAUCCAGCUCAGAAGCGAUCUUCCACCGACGGUAGUUACUCCUUCUGCAGUUUUGAUACACUGCCUACUCUGUCUUCCAAGGCUUCACGGACCGGAAUGAACGUCUUGCUCGUUGGGACUGAUGGUGCCGUGGAGAUCCUCGCUAUUGAAGAUCGUCGAACUCGGCUCGUAGGGCAGAUCACAGGGCUGAACGGCCGUGUGAUCGAAGCCAAGAUUUUAUCUGGUCAUUCAUCCAAUGAUCCUUUUGCGUCAUCUCGACCCCACGUUGCUGUCAUUGUCCAUGGACCGUUGGGCCCAAAUGAAGAAGAAGGCCGUAUCUCUUCAGCAACCUCGGAUGCAAACGAUAUCCCUCCUUCGACGGCCCGUGGCCACUCAGGUGACAGACGGCAACAUGAAACCCCUCAGUUUUACCAGACCCGAGUCGAGGUCUUUUCUUUCCGGACGGGCGAACAUGUUGCCACUCUGUUUGCAAGCAAGCCCGUCCCAUGUUUGGACAGCCUUCCGGGCAUGCCUUCUUUUGCACCGCCACCUGUCGGCAGCUUGAAGCUUUUUACAGCUGGGGCUUAUCUCAUCUUGGCAUCUGGUAUCAGUGGCGAAGUCUAUAUUUAUAGACACGCCUUGUCUUUAGACCCAGGUCAAAGUGCCUAUCAGUGCUUGGGUAAAACAUGGACUGGUAUCCAGGUCAAAGAAGCUCGUCGUUAUUCCACAUCUUCGAGUUCAACCACUGAUCCAGAGGGUACUCGCAACGAGCCUCCUCAUACUGCUGCUGUCUUCGAAAGGCCCAUCUUGGCCGCACAGGGAAGAUGGCUGGCAUUUGUUCCUCCAUCCUCGGCUUAUCGAGGCUCUAUUCAUGGGACUGUGCCGCAAAGUCUGAUACAAGGCAAGGUUCCUGGACUUGAAACCCGCAAUCCUCCUACUAUUCCAUCAGUGUCUUGUGUGACAGAUGUUGGGGAGGGGGAGAGUCUCUUCGAUAAGGUGGCAAGAGGUGUUGCCCAAGAACUUGUUCGCGGCGCCCGCUGGAUGGGUGACCAGGGUAUGCAGGCAUGGAAUAACUACUGGAAUACUCAGCAACCGGGAGGCACCUCUCCACGCCGAUCAGUUCCGGGGGUCGAUAGUCCAGCACAAGGGUAUGGAUUAUUCCCGCCAACUCAUGGCCACGAUACGCAAGCAUCCUCGGCUGUCGAACCCGAUACUGUAUCCAUAAUUGACUUGAAGCGAUUCGAGGAUGGCUCAGAUAUAAGAAAUGUGUUUACUCAUCCCCUGUCAACAUUCCAAGUUCCCAACGGCUGCAGCUUCUUAUCACUGUCGCCAAAUGGCCUUAUGCUAUUCACGGCGAGUAAAAAGGGUGAUGUGCAAUAUGUCUGGGAUCUGAUGCAACUCAAGCAUUGUCGAUCCAUGGCUUUCAUGGCUGAUGACCAGGUGGGACAGAAUCCUAACGUGCGACAGAUUGCACGAUAUGCCCGCUUGACCACUUCGAGCAUCGUUGAUGUGAUUUGGACUGCACCGGUGGGUGAUCGACUGGCAGUCAUUACACGCAAAGGCACUAUCCACGUCUUCGACCUACCUCGAAGUGCAUUCCAAUGGCCACCCUUUCGGCGUGCACGACCUUCUAUUAGCAAAUCGCCGGCCGUUGACACUAUGUCGGAAGAGGUAGGCCAAACAUCGGGUGGCAACCCCUUGUCAGCAGCCAUGAAGUUGGUGGGCGGUAAAACGCAGCCUUUCUUCUCUGCCGUUCGGGGUCGUGUUCCUUCUGGAGGUGCUGCAUUCCCGAAUAUGAGUGGAUUUGCAUUACCCUCGGCCGCGAGCGUGAAGAGUGGAAAGGUUGUCGCGGCCGGUCUCAGCAAGUCCAUGGGUGCUGCAACGGGUACUGUCAAUACCCUUCGACAUGUAGGCGAGAACCGUCUACAUCUUCCCGGGCUGGCUCGAGACCCUGCGCCAUCUCGAGUGACUUGGAUAUGUACUAAGGGUCUCAUCUUCCUAGGAGUGGUGGAUGGCGGAUACUUUAAACUGUAUCGCCUGAAACGUGCUGUGUCUGGUCAUAAGAACCGACAGCCGCACUCCGUCGUUGGUCCUAGAGAGUCCCAGGUUAAGUUGCCCGAGAAUUUGCAGAGCCCUUGUGGCCCGGCUCCUGUAGCUACAUUUGACCCGGACCUUACGGUCCACGCUUCUCUUGUUCUUCCUUCGGCUACUUCCCAACCUAGUGCUGGCAGACCGCUCUGUCAGCCUCUCUCACAGGCAGAGAUUGAGACCAAUACUCCAUAUCAGCCGUUCCAUACGGAUCAGCGAGUUGGCUUGAGCGUCUUCUCUUUUGGUAGCGAUGCCAGCGAGCCUAGUGGUCAGUGGGUUUUUGGAAACGACAUUCCCAUGACCAAAGUACACCUGCGAUCUUUCAACAGUUCCAGUGACGACCAUGGAGAUGACGAAGACGAGAAUGCCGCUAUUCACGGACACUCGCUUGGCGCUGGUGGGGAUAUGGAGAACCUCAUCACCCUUGGGAACAGCAUUGGCAAUGUCGAAGAAGUUGUCAUCACCACCCGCCGGAAAAAGAAACAUUCAGCCCCAUUGAAAGCCGAUGACGGUUUCUUCGAAGAUGACUGCGAGGUCCUUGACUUCGCCCGGGAUCGCGUCUGA